AUGGACGAGGAAAGCCAACCUGCAUUUCACCCAAGCAGUCGGGACGCAAACGACCGGCGUGUUGGCUCCCGCCGCAAUGUAGUAUAUGAACAGAGAACAGCAAGCAUCCGAAUGGAUAGUCACCCGAAUGCAGAAGACAUUGAUCCAAGAAAAAUGGUGAUGCUCCCAGCACUGGCGGAGGACUAUUAUUCAGCUGAGCUCGAAGUAUUUGGUUGGGAUGGCGUCUUGAAAACAGUCCUGAGUGGAACUCGAGACAGGCAGUCAGCUCUCAAAAAGCUUCGGGAACACGAAACAACAAUUGUCAGAGAGCUCUACACAUACAUUUCGAACCAGUAUGCUCGCAAUGUUAAGCUCACGAUUCCAGCUGCGCUCGUUGGACAAUCUGUGUGGUUUACUCGCAUGCGUUUCAAUCAUGGUCGGCUUGGGGAUAAGUGGCGACGUCGAGACUUGCUUGAAGAUACGAGCGGCACUUCCAAAGGUUUUGAUGAUGGUUUUGUUUCCUUUUCUCGUUGUGGUCAUGUUGACUUUCCUCCACCAGCAAAUCGAAAUGUCAAUAUGCUUCCAUUCAUCUUUGGUAAUAAGGAAUCACUACUAGACGAUCUUGAGUGCUACCAUUCGCUGAUUGAACAGUGCCCAUACAUGAGUGAGGAGAUUGGAAAAGUUGGGUACUUGACUGUACAUGAAAGCUAUGUCGAUGCAACCAAGGCACAGCGUCGAGAAGGAUUGCAUAUUGAGUCCCCAGGUGUAUUCCAAGAUGCCCCAGAUAAGGCAUCAUUUGAGCCAGCUGUUGAACACCCGUGGGGAGCCGGUAUGUUCUACGGUCCUGACCGAUACGAAGGAGGCAUUUUUAUGGCUUCCAGCGUAAGCAACACUAGCGAAGUUUGGGACGCGCUUGUGAACAAGAACUGCCCAGGGAUUGUUGACAAACAUGGAGGCUGUGAACAUUUGCGACCCAUUAUCGGCAAGGGAACAAAGCUACGAGGUGGGGAGCUCAUUUGGAUGACCGAUUGUACCCCUCAUGAAGCACUUCCUCAAGAAACAUCCGGCUAUCGUCAGUUUUUUCGUGUGGUCUCAUCAAAUGUUUCCCACUGGUAUGAGGAUCACUCCACGCUAAACCCAAAGGUUGAUCUACCAGCUCGGGUGAAGGUUGUCGAAGGAAACAAGUUUGAACGUAUGUGA